GGCACCAUGACUCCCGUGAGGACCCAGCACUGCUUGGCAGGUCAGACGUACACGGUGCCCCUCAGCCAGCCAGACCUGCAGCGGGAGGAGGCCAUCCAGCAGGUGGCGGAUGCCCUGCAGUACCUCCAGAAGGUCUCUGCAGACAUCUUUAGCAGGAUCUCCCAGCGAGUGGAGCUGAGCCGGAGCCAGCUGCAGGCCAUCGGGGAGAGGGUCUCCUUGGCCCAGGCCAAGAUUGAGAAGAUCAAGGGCAGCAAGAAGGCCAUCAAGGUGUUCUCCAGCGCCAAGUACCCGGCUCCAGAGCACCUGCAGGAACACAGCUCCAUCUUUGCAGGCGCCCAGGACCCUGGCCUGCAGAGACGCCCCUGUCACAGGAUCCAGAGCAAGCACCACCCCCUGGAUGGGCGGGCCCUGCAGGAGAAGCUGCAGUACUUCCCGGUGUGUGUGAGCACCACGCCGCAGCCCGAGGACGCCGCCGAGGAGGGGCUGGGGGCUCUUCCCAGCAACAUCAGCUCUGUCAGCUCCUUGCUGCUCUUCAACACCACUGAGAACCUGUACAAGAAGUAUGUCCUCCUGGACCCCCUGGCUGGUGCUAUCACAAAGACCCAUGUAAUGCUGGGGGCAGAGACGGAGGAGAAGCUGUUCGAUGCCCCUCUGUCCAUCAGCAAGAGAGAGCAGCUGGAGCAGCAGGUCCCAGAGAACUACUUCUAUGUGCCAGACCUAGGCCAGGUGCCUGAGAUCGACGUGCCAUCCUACCUGCCUGACCUGCCUGGCAUCGCAGAUGACCUCACGUACAGUGCUGACCUGGGCCCUGGCAUCGCCCCCUCUGCUCCUGGCACCAUUCCGGAGCUACCCACCUUCCAAACAGAGGUAGCUGAGCCUUUCAAGCCAGAUCUAGAGAAUGGGGUGCUAACAGCACCCCCACCACCUCCACCACCGCCACCACCUCCCCCAGCUCCUGCAGCUCUGGUCAGCGCCCCCCUACCCCAGACCAUGGCCCCUGCAGGCCAAGGUGCCAGGGAGGACGAGAGCAGCAGCAGUGUGUCCCCUUCAGCUCCGGUCCAGGGAGCACCCAAGGAGGUGGCAGAGCCCUCCAGUGGCCGGGCCUCUCUGCUGGAGUCCAUCCGCCAAGCUGGGGGCAUCGGCAAGGCCAAGCUGCGCAGCGUCAAGGAGCGCAAGCUGGAGAAGAAGAAACAGAAGGAGCAGGAACAAGCUCAAACUAGGACAAGAGAGAAUCUUCUGAGACUCUGCCAAGAGUUGUCCAAGGAAACGGUCAGUGAGAGCCACAAGCCAAGGUGGGAACCUGAUGUCGGACCUCUUUAACAAGCUGGCCAUGAGGCGCA